AUGGAUUUUAAAACUACUACUUUCCGUGUGACUGAUCCUACAAAUUUAUCCAUUCGUUCUGAUGCUGAACCAAUGAACGAAGAUCAAUUGAACGAUUCAUCAGCUCCAAUAACACACGCUCCACCUCGAAAACGUGCAUUAAUUCAAGCUGGUAGUUUCAAUAGUACUGGUAGUAGUGUUGGAAGUUCAAAUGGUACUGGUGGUAAUGCUGGAAGUUCAAGUGGUACUAGUGGUGAUGCUGGCAGUUUAGAUGGUACUAGUGGUGAUGCUGGAAGUUCAAGUGGUACUGGUGGUAAUGCUGAAAGUUUAAAUGGUACUCGUGGUGAUGCUGGUAGUUUAAUUGUUCUUGAUGGUAGUACUGGUAAAUCAAAUGAUGCUGGUGGUAAUGCUGGUAGUUCAAGUGGUACUGGUGGUAAUGGCAAUGCUGGUAGUCCAGAUAAUAAUAUAAAUAAAACAGGUAAUACAGAUGGUUCGAGUAAACUUGCUCAGAAAAAAUUAACUUGA